GUUUUAACCCUCUUUUUUCCCUUUCUUCGCUCUGUUGUGAAAUCUUCUUCUCCGCGAGUUUCGAAGCUGUUCUCUGUUUUCAGAGAGACGUGACUUGUGAGGUUUAAGGUGGGUUUGGUUUUGAUGGAUGAGAUUUGGGAUAAAGCUGUGGAAGCGGCUCUAGAUGGUCAAACAGAUAGGUUAGCUAUACGGACGCUAACACUUGAUGGUGCUGUGAAAUACGUUCAGGGACGUUUACCACCGCCCAAUGUUCUCGAGAAGUUUCAGAAUCUUCAGCAUCUUUCUAUAGCUAACAUCGGUGUUUCUUCGCUGGAGCAGUUUCCUAGACUUGGUAAUUUACAGAAGCUAAUCUUAUCUGAUAAUCGGAUCACUGUUGGUUUGGAGUUUCUUGUUGAAGCUGGGCUUGAUUCGUUGCGUGAUUUGGAUUUGUCUAAUAACCGGAUCCAGUUUGUUGAGGAUCUAGCUCCUUUGGCGGAGUUGAAGCUUGUGUCUCUUGAUCUGUAUGAGUGUCCUGUCACUAGGGUUAAGGAUUAUCGAUCUAGGGUUUUUGGGUUGAUUAAAACUUUGAAGUAUUUAGAUAAGACUGAUGCUGAAGGGAAUGAGAGGCCUGAGUCUGAUGAUGAAGAUGAUGAGGAAGAUGAGGAGGAUGAAGAGGAGGAGGAGGAAGGUGAUGAGGAGGAUCCUGGAAGUGGGGAGAUUGAUGGAGAUGAAAGAGCGGAGGCUCCUCGGAUGAGUAAUGGGCAUAGUGAAAGGCUAGAUGGGGUUGUGGAUGUUGAUGAUGAUGAAGAGAGUGAUGCAGAGGAUGAUGAGUCAGAGCAGGCUGCUGGAGUUAACGGGACGAGUUAUCGGCCUAAUGGAUUCCGUCUUCAAGCUGUAAAUGGGGAAGAAGUAGGGGAAGAUGAUGGGGAUGAUAGUGAGUCUGGUGAGGAGAUUGAUGAGGAGGAAGUAGGGGAAGAUAAUGAUGUGGUUGAGGUGCAUGAGAUUGAAGAUAGUGAUAAUGAGGAAGAUGGGGUUGAUGAUGAAGAAGAUGAUGAAGAGGAUGAGGAGGAAGAGGAAGUUGAUAAUGAUGAUCGUGGUCUUGGUGGGUCAGGGAGCACAGGGUUGAUGAACGCAGGAGAGAUUGAUGGGCAUGAGCAAGGGGAUGACGAUGAAGACGGUGAUGGUGAGACUGGGGAAGAUGACCAAGGGGUUGAGGACAAUGGAGAGUUUGCGGAUGAAGAUUUUGAUGUUGAAGAGGAGGAUGAAGAAUCCGGUGAAGGGUACCUUGUUCAGCCAGUCUCUCAAGUGGAAGAUCAUGAUGCUGUGGGUAGUGAUAUCGAGCCGAUCAAUGAGGACAAUGAUCCAGAUGAAGAAGAAGAAGUCGAAGAUGACCUGCCAAUCCCUGACCUGUCCUUGCCAUCAUCAUCUCGCCCAAAGAGAAAACGAGAUGACGAUGAUGAUGGUGAGGACGACGAUGAUGAUGAUGAUGACGACGACGAUGACGAUGGUGUUGAUGAUGAGGAAGGUAAGGUCGUAGCAAAGGCCAAGGAAAAUACCGACACUGGCGGAGUUGUGGAGACGGCAGCUAUAGUCGGUGGUUUAGUCUCGACGCCGGUUAUCGGAUGGUCCCUCUACACUCUCAAAACCACAGGGUGUGGCUUACCUCCAGGACCGGCCGGUUCAAUCGGAGCGUUGGAAGGUGUGAGCUACUUGGUGGUGGUUGGCAUCGUGGGCUGGUCUCUGUACACCAAGACAAAAACCGGGUCGGGUCUGCCAAAUGGGCCGUUUGGUUUGUUGGGUGCGGUAGAGGGCUUGUCGUAUCUGUCGGUUCUAGCCAUUCUUGUGGUGUUCGGUCUUCAGUUCUUGGAUAAUGGGUCGGUUCCUGGUCCACUUCCUAAUGACCAGUGUUUUGCCUAUGCACAGAGGAUUGCUAACAAAUGUAUCGAUGACUACGCCGUGGUGCUCUUGGGAGGACCCUACGGCGCCGUCGGGGAUAAUCUGGAUUCUGGGAUGAGUGGUCCCGUCGCAACUAAGUAUUGGAUAUGCUAUGAUCCUCCGGGGAAUAUCCCUAGUCAACUUCCCUAUUGAUGUCUAACAUAAUGAAUCUCAAGUAUUAGUUAUUCUCUUUAUGUGCUUUCUUCUUACACUAACCAAAAGCUAAGUUUAUUAAUGAAAUUUUUAAGUUACG